AAGUGGGACAAAACUAACGCCCAACGAUUCAUGUUUUCUGUUUACUUUCUCUCGCAAUGACGUUGAAUUUGUGCAGGUACAAGCAUAGAAAGGUUGAAGACUAUAAAACAGGUGCAUCCUGCACGAUAGGGGUUUAGUUCUAUGGAGUUUUAGAAACAAAUUUAAAGAACAAGACAAACGAUGAAGUACGUAAGAUGCAUCUCGUUAAUCGUAUUCGUUGCGCUGAUGGUGACAUUCGUGCACAGCGAAGAUUGCACCGUCGAGAACGAGGAGUACUACAGCUGUGCAUCGCCGUGCCGCCGAAACUGCACCAAUCUUGCGCAAAUGUUGAGCUGCACGGGCGUGUGCGUUUCGGGAUGCUUCUGCCGACCGGGCUACUUUCGCCGGGAGGACAAUGCUUGCGUGAAGCCAUGGCUAUGCUCUAAUAAUUCGUUGCAAAAUAAGCUCACCGCUGGGAACGGCCUAGACGUACCACAUUAGCGACAACGGUGGUGUUCAAUUUGGCCACCAAGACCGCUCCAACCAUCCACCGUACGGGUGUAUCUCAGGCACAGCAAUUGUUUGUGCAGUCUGGAAACCCCCAAACUGUACAAACAAUUCGCUGUAAAAUGGUGCUGGUGUUUCUGUUUCAAUAAAAAAAAAACCUACUCCU